CCGAUGGGCGCGUUUCCGCCCGAGGCCAGAGCGGUGGUUGGCGCGUUGCUCGUGGCGGCGCUGUGUCACGCAAGUGCCUCCUCCUUGUCCUCCGGAACAUCUCCCUUGGUGGUCGUGACGCCCACGGACGCUGACUCUGUCUCAGUAUGUCAAGGGACAUCACAUGGCCUGUCAGCAUCGCCGGGGGAAAAUACCUACCUUGACCUCAAACAACGUUACUCAAACUGUACUCUUGUUGACGGGAAUCUCGAACUGACCUGGCUGCAGGGGCGUGACCUUGACCUCUCCUUCCUGCAAGACAUCAGAGAGGUAACGGGCUAUGUCCUCCUCGACCACGUGACCGCCCACAACGUACGGCUUCCUUUCCUCACUCUCAUCCGAGGAACGUCGCUCCUUCCGCCGCCCACGCAGAACGCCCAACGCCCACGCUUUGGACUCCUCGUCGCUCACGCCCACGUGGAUAGGCUGGAGAUGCCGGCGCUGGGAGAAAUCUUAGAGGGCAGCGUGGGCGUCUUCAACAGCACUGGCCUGUGCCACUGGCGGUCCGUAGACUGGUCGGGUAUCCUAUCAUACGAGGAAGAGUGUCUCAUCAACCCAAACAGCCUCGAGUCCUCCUCCAACUGCACGUGCGAUAUCGGGUGCUCAAGUGGGUGCUGGGGAGAGAGAGAGGACAGCUGUCACAGCCUUGAAACCUGUUCUCAGCAGUGUCACGGGUUCCCCUGUUAUGGAACUCGACCCGAGGAGUGUUGUCACCCUCUCUGUGCUGCCGGGUGCACGGGGCCUUCGAGUAAGGACUGCCGGGCGUGUCGUUUCUUCAGUGACGGUGGCGAGUGUGUCCCAGAGUGCCUCUCCGUAUUCCAGUACAAUGUUACGACGUCUUCCUGGGACACAGACCCUCAUGGGAAGUACUCCUUCGUAAACAUCUGCGUCGAGGACUGCCCUGCGCCCCUGCUUAAGGAGGGGGGAAUGUGCGUCCGGAAAUGCUCGCAGGGAAAGACAGGGCAUGAAGGGAUGUGUGUUCCCUGUGAAGGCCCGUGUCCUGAGGUCUGUCCCGGCGUUGGUGUCGUCCAUGCUGGGAACGUCAAGUUCUUCAAAGGAUGUACAACUAUUCGGGGAUCUUUAAUUCUGCUAAAUGAAUCUUUCUCGGGGCAUGAAGGAACAGCGUCUCAUCCUACAUCUACUGAAGGAUAUGCCAUCAUGAAUCCUAAAGAGCUAGAAGUCUUUAGCACAGUCAAGGAAGUGACAGGGUACAUAGACAUCCGAGCAGCGCAUCCUCUUCUUACAAACCUUAGCUUCUUAAGGAAUCUUGAAGUUGUUGGUGGAGAGAGUCUAACUGAAUACUCGUCUUCAAUCUUUAUCACCGGGACUUCACUGCAAAACCUGGCCCUUUCAUCUCUCAGGAUAGUUAAAGCUGGACAUAUCAGGAUUACUGACAACUCCAAUCUCUGUUAUGUGGAGAACGUUCGAUGGGAAAAGAUCAUAGAAGACAGUGGAGAAAGAGUACAUCUUAUGAACAAUGCUGAUCGUGGGAGCUGCACCGCUGCUAGUUCCGUAUGCCACGAAACUUGCAGUGAUGAUGGGUGCUGGGGAUCUGGGCAAGAUCAGUGCCUUUCUUGCAAAAAUUUUAGUCUCCAAAACACAUGUGUGGAGCAUUGCAAUAUCUCUCGCGUCUUCCAAGUGAAUUCCAAUAUAUGUGACUUCUGCCAUGAAGAAUGUGAAGAACGGUGCUAUGGCUUGGACUCAGACCAAUGUGAACGAUGUAAGAAUGUAGAAAAAGGAUCUAAUUGCGUUCCAGAAUGUUCCGAUGAUGAAUUUGAAGACAAUGGAGUCUGUCUUCCUUGUGAUAUUAGUUGUAUAUAUGGGUGUUCAGGACCAAGUAAUAUCGUGGGUAAAGGAGGCUGUACAAAGUGUGCCAAAUAUGUUAUGAAUGGCAACUUGGAAGUAACUCACUGUCUUCCUCAUGGAUUCCAUUGUCCAGAGGGAAAUUUUUUCGACUGGUUGGUCAUCGAAGACAGCGGGAAUGUAUCAUUAGGAUCUCGUUGUUAUCUACAUUGCGACUUAAAAUUCCCACAGGACAACAGUGUGCAGUUUGACUGCAGUCACCCUUGUCCUGAGGAGUUCCAGGCAUUUCAGGCUGUGCCUGUAUGUCUCGUAGAUAAGCGACGUGCCCAUAGAAAUCUUGUCAACAAGGUAAACAGACAAUUAAAUAGGGCAGAACAGUUUAGAUAUUAUAAUGCUUAUAUCACUACUGAUCGCCAAUAUGCUCAAAGCCUUGCAACGGACCUUGACGCUCUUGGGGACACGGGUGAUAUGGUCUUAUAUGGAAUGACUAUCGCAAUGAAAGACAAUAUUGACGUCGCUAACAUGCCACAUACUGCAGGGCACAUGAUGCUUUCUAAUUACGUACCAAAGCAGGAUGCGCCUCUCUCUUCUUCCUUAAAGAACGCUGGAGUCAUCAUCUUGGGGAAAGUUAACAUGCACGAACUGGCUUAUGGUGUAACUAGCAAUAAUGCAGCAUUUGGUCCUGUCAGAAAUGCGUUCAAUUCAAACAAAUUUGCUGGUGGAAGCAGUGGUGGCACUGCCACUGCAGUUGCCCUUGGGUUAGCUGAUGCCGGCAUCGGGUCAGAUACUGGUGGAUCUUCGCGUAUUCCGGCUGCUGUGAGUGGCAUUGUGGGUUUCCGUCCCAGCACGGGUCGCUAUCCAGCCGAAGGCAUGACUCAUCUCUCCUGGACUCGCGAUACCCCAGGUCCUAUGGCCAGAGAUGUGCGCACAGUGGCAGUGCUUGAUGCUGUACUGGCAGGAUCCUCCUCCAGCGAGAUUGCACCGAUAAUCCCCAGGGAUAUCCGACUGGGUGUGCCAAGAACUCACUUUUACCAGAGUCUUUCCCGUGAUGUUUCUGGUCGCAUGGAGGAAGUUCUAAAGGUUCUCUCUGCUGAAGGCAUCGAGUUAGUAGAAGCUAAUAUGCAUUAUGUCCCAAAACUGACUGAGUUAACUGGAUUCCCGGUCAUAUUUUACGAAAGUCUCGUCGCUUUCCAUCAGCUCCUCAACCGAACAAAUUUGCGGGUGUCUUUCAGUGACUUUGUUGAUGGAAUUUCUAGCCCGGACGUUAAGAACCUUGUAAAAUCUAUUAUAUCAGACCCCGUACCAGAGUUGAAGUACCAACAAUCCUUAUACCAUUAUCGUCUAUUGCUAAAGGAAGCUUAUCAAGAGUACUUCGACCUCAAUCGUGUUGAUGCCGCAAUAUUCCCGUCCGUGCCCUUGCCAGCCAUGGAUAUCGUCGGAAGCGAGGACACUGUGAUGCUCCAUGGCGAUCAAGUGCCCACGCUGGCAACCUACAUCAGGAACACGGACCCGUCAAGCAAUGCCGGCGUGCCAAGCCUCGCGAUCCCAAUGGGGGUCAACCGCGAGGGCUUGCCUAUGGGCCUGCAGAUCGAGGGGCCGGAGGGAAGCGACAGGAAGCUGUUGGCGAUCGGCGCCGCAGUCGAAGAGAUUCUUAGUAAAAUUCAAGGUUUUUGAACUCAGGUAACUUCUAUUAAAGUAAUAAAGUAAAUACUCAGUAUUGGGACAACGAGGAAACCUACAUCUUCAUAUAUCUGCCUAUCG